AUGGUGGUGGUGAUGGCCAUGGACAAGUGGUGGUGGUGGUGGCGAUGGUGGUGGCGACAUGAUGGAGGCUGUGGCGGUGGUGAUGGCCAUAUCAAGAUGAUGGUGAGGGUGGUGAUAGGGGUGAAGGGUGAGGGUGGUAAUGGCGGUGAUGUGGUUAUGGUGAUGGUGAUGGUGGUGGUGGCGGUGAUGGUGAGGGUGGGGGAGAUGACCAUGGUAGGUGGUAGUGUUGGUGGGGUUGAUGGUGGUGAUGGUGGCAGUGGGAGGGAUGAUGGUAGUGUCAUUUCUAGGGCAAUGUGGUGGUAG